AUGGAAGAAGUAAACCAAUCUACGGUUUCUGAGUUCAUUUUCCAAGGGCUUUGUACCUCAAGGGAACUGCAGAUCUUCCUCCUGCUGCCAUUUUCCAUCCUCUACCUGAUGACUAUGGUAGGAAACACCUUUGUGGUGAUAUUAAUCAUCACUGAUCACCAUCUCCAUUCUCCCAUGUACUUUCUGUUAGCCAAUCUCUCAUUUAUUGACUUAUGCAUUUCCUCAGUUACUACCCCCAAACUGAUCAUAGACCUUGUAAAAGAAAAUAAACUAAUUUCCUAUGGAGGUUGCAUGAGCCAGAUCCUCUUUGUGCAUUUCUUUGUAGGGGGUGAGAUGGUUCUUCUUGUAACAAUGGCCUAUGACCGCUAUGUGGCCAUCUGCAGGCCACUCCACUACACCAGCAUCAUGGACAGACAGAAGUGCAUCUGGCUGGUUGUGAUAUCGUGGAUCAUUGGAUUUGUGCAUGGCAUUAGUCAACUGAUCCUGAUUUUGGAGCUACCUUUCUGUGGACCUAGAGUGAUAGACAGCUUUUUCUGUGAUAUUCCUUUGGUGAUAAAAUUAGCCUGCAUCAAUACUGAUACUCUGGGAAUUAUGAUAAAUGCUGACAGAUGA